AACUGCGAUAGCAAGGGUAUUUUGUUACCCAGGUAACGAGAAACUAACCUGAUCAAUAAGAUUUACAUAUUGUCUACCUGUAGCCAUUCGUAUGCAUUAUAAAUAGUUGGAGUUGUACAAGAGAACAAGAAACUAUUCUGAAAAAUAUGGAUAGUCAACAGCCUAUAAUAAAAAUUCAAGAAGGAACGGAGAAAGGACAAGUCAAUCCUGCUUACGAAGAAGAUGAAGAUGAUAUAACUUUUGGGCCGCAAUUUCCUCGAGGGCGAAGUGUUUCUCGCUUAGAAUUUGAUGAUCCGCCUGAAAUUCAUGACCCCGUAAACGGUCAGCACAACCUAGAAGUGCCAGAAGUUGAACCCGGUGGAAGAUUGAGCAUCAGAACCAGUAGUACAAGUUCUGGAAAAGAAACUCUCGCUUUACCAAGUUUACUUUCUGCAAGAUCCAGCUUCUCUGUGUUUGAUAAUGAAGAUGACGAAGUGUGAGAUAUUGUCUUGAAAAUAAUAAAAAAUAAUUUCAUCCUACGCUUCUAAUUAUUUUUCUCAUUUUUAAGUUCCUUUUGUCUUCUUUUACAGCAGUCACUCUGCAGUCUCAUCAGCACUGAGUGAAAAAUUAAAAGAUCUUGUUCGAAAAUUCGAAAAUCGUACUGAGCGUUUUAAAGAAAAAACUCUUCAACCUCCUACACCGUCAACUAGCCCAGACGCUAAAUCAGCUAUUUCAAAUGUUUCCAGUAAUGCAGAAUUGGAUGUUCCUCAAGCUCGUGGGCGACUUUCAUCAAUCUUUACUGCAGUUAGCUCUAAUUCCGGAGCUGAUGACGCAAUGAAAGAACAAAAGUACAUCGGAUCAGGAAAAUUUCGAAUAAAAGUACCAAAAUUCCUAUAUAAAAUAUACUUCUUUCUCUUUCUGAAAACAAUUGAUCCGCAAAAUAAACUCUAUUAUAUUUGGUUGCUAAUAGUGACUGUAGCGUUUAUGUAUAACUGUUUGGUAAUGACUCUUAGGGCAGCUUUCAAAAGAGGCUAUUAUUACGACGAUGGCUCUUAUAUGCGAUACCGAACAACAUGCGAUCCGUUAAAUAAAACCAAUUGUUCAACAAUUCUUGAAAAUUUACCUCUUCCCUUCCAUGAAGGAUAUGAAACAGACGAGAAUCGCAUAUACUGGUGGCUUGGAGAUUAUUUUUGUGAUUUUUUAUAUCUUAUGGAUAUACUCUUUGUAAAAUCAAGAAUUCGAUUUGUUAAAAAUGGUUUAGUUCAACAAGAUCGAAAGGAAUGUGCAAAACAUUAUUUUAAGAAGAUCAACUUUAAAAUGGAUAUAUUAUGCCUUACACCAACCGAUUUAUUCUACUUUGUUCCUGCGUUCGAUUAUAACCCUUUACUAAGAUUUCCUCGAAUGUUAAAGAUUCACACUUUUUGGGAUUUUUUCGACCGAAUGGAUCAAGCAGCAAGAUCAGCUCAUAUCGUAAGAGUUAUUAGAACUUUGACGUAUAUGGUUUUCCUUAUACACAUUGAGGCAUGUGGCUAUUACUCUAUGUCCGCCUAUGAAGGCUUGAAGCGAAAUGCUUGGGUGUACGAUGCUGAAGGAGUAGCUUAUAUAAGAUGCAUCUAUCUCGCCACAAAAACUGCAACAUCCAUAGGAAAUAAUCCCAGACCUGUUAAUAAAGAAGAAUGGGUGUUUAUGACUUUCUAUUGGCUAUCAGGCGUUUUUGUUUUCGCUAUUCUUAUAGGACAAAUUCGAGAUAUAUUUCAGUCAGCAGGAUACGCUAAAACGUACUAUAGAAAAAGUAUGGAUCAAACAAUUCAAUAUAUGAAAACGUUAAACUUACCUAAGGAAUUACAAGAUCGCGUAAGGAUGUGGUUCAAUUAUAAUUGGGAACAUCAAAAAACUCUGAACGAAAACUUUCUUUUGGAAGCUUUACCGAAAAAGAUGAAAGCUGAUCUAGCGAUUCAUGUUCACUAUGACAUACUUAGUAAAGUGUCAUUGUUUCAGGAUUGCGACAAGAAUUUGUUAUACGACCUUGUGCUCAAGCUACAACCACAGCUUUUCCUUCCCAACGAUUAUAUUUGUCGUAAAGGAGAAGUUGGAACGGAAAUGUAUAUUGUUAUGAGUGGAAUCAUUGAAGUUGUAGGGGGGCCAAACAAUAAUACUGUAUUCGCCACAUUACAAUCUGGUUCAGUAUUUGGUGAAAUAUCCCUCCUGGCUUUGGCAGGUGGAAACAGGCGGACAGCAGAUGUUCGUUCAAAAGGUUUUUCUCAACUUUUUAUAUUAUGCAAAGCGGAUUUCGAAGAAGCCAUGAUGGAUUACCCGACUGCUUUAAAAAUUCUAAAGAAAAGAGCAAGAAGGAAAAUUGCUGCUAAUGCUAAACAUGAAAAAAAGGCUAAGGGUAAAGAUGAGGGCGAUAAAAUGAUAAGCGAAGAGGUUAUUAAAUCUAGACCUGAUACUCCAAAAUUGCUUAAAACAGUCGUAAGGAUGGUUGAACCAAAUUCAAAAGUCAUAGAUAUGCUAUCAAGUGGUAUGAAAAAAUCAACAGAGAAACAAAACGAAAAGAAAGACGAAAUACCAGACGACGAUGAUGAAAUUUUGGUUGUAGAACAAACAGAAAUCCCCAUCAAAGGUGAAAAAAAUUCAGACGAUUCAGGUGUUGCAGACGAACCGGAAACUGAUUCAAAGAGACCGCCAAGUCAAAUAUCAUUUCACAGCGAAACCGUUUCAAUACUAAAUCAAACGGAGUCACCUCCACCCCCAGUGAUACAUAUUGAAUCGGAACCAUCGAAACCACCAUCAGGAAAACGAAGAUGUAAUAAAGUCAUGCCAGAAUCUAAUGACAACGAUAUCAAACCAUUAUCUAAACCGUCUAUUAUACCUCCCGUAAAAAAUUGCACAGUCACGCACGAAGCGUUGAUACAUAGGGAGAGAACGCCUAAUGCUGAUGACCUAUUAAAUGAAAUUUUCGAACAGGGCUUAAACAAAGAUCAAAAAGUUGGUGAAACGAAAAAUGGUGAAACCCCUCUCUAGUAGGACCUUAACUUGGUAUUAUGUAAUAACAAAAAGACCAUAUUUUACUAUCAUUAUAUUUUUUCUAUGAUCAUGUUAUAAAUAAAAAAAGCUUAAAUUUUACCAA